CAUAAUCUUCAACAUUUCUCAGUAAAGUGCAUCAGAGUCAAAAUCAGAGUCAAAAUCGCGUGUACUACAUGCGAAAUCAGAACAGUACAGUGUGAGUCAACAUGUCAGUCAAAAUGUUGGAUGGGUGGAAUCCAUGCUUCAGAGAUGUUACACGGCAGUUGGGAGGACUCUUACACGCACCUCCCAUUUAUCUUAUAUAACCUUCAAAAUGUAUACCCAGGCACAAUCGUUGAGGUUGUUUACUCUUCACACCCUCCCAACCUCAAUGUUACCCCGGAUGAAGGACCGCAUUUUAAGUAUGCAUUUUGGGCAUUUCCAGCAGCCAUUAAUGGUUUACAGUAUUGCUUACCUGUGGUGACGGUGGACGGGACCCAUUUGUACGGAAAGUACAAGGGUCACCUACUUUUGGCGGUGGCGCUCAAUGGAAAUCGAGAACUUUUCCCGCUUGCAUAUGCUGUAGUUGACGGGGAAACAUCUAACAGUUGGGCAUGGUUUUUUCGUCUUCUUGUUCAAAGAGUUAUUCGUUCGCAUCGGGUUUGUGUAAUUUCUGAUAGGCAUGCAGGCAUUAUCAAUGCAUAUCGUGAUCUCCCUGAGCUACAAACUAGGUUCAUAACCAAGCGUUAUUGUCUAAGGCAUGUCCGCAGCAAUUUCAUGAAUAAAUUUCAUGAAAGUGACCUUAAACGUAAAGUUUGGGCCGCUGGGAGCACAGCCAACAUCGAACAGUUUAAUGAGUACAUGGCAGAAAUAAGGUAUGCAAAUGAAGCUGCAUAUAAGUACUUGAACGAUAUUCUGCGCGCGAGGCAUGGACUCUCUGCUAUGAUGGUAGAAAUAGAUGUGGAAUUCUUACAACCAAUAGUUCGAAAAGUUUUAAUAAUAUGCUCAAAGGUUGUUGGAUGAUGCCAGUUACGGCAAUACUGAAGAUGUCCUACAAUAAAUUGGUUGAAUCAUU